GGAACACCAUUGAAAUAUGUCGGACAAAAGAAAAGAGAAAGCAACAAAAUUGUCGAGAAGGAACAAAAAACGCCAUCAACCCCAAAGAAAGGACGGCGCUCGAGCAAGAUUGUUCAGGAACGGCUAGGAGAUGGUGCGGAUUCAAAAACGCUACCGCCUAUCAUUCAAGAUGUGACUACGCAGCAAACCGACGAUACACUGGUUUUACGAGAAAUGGACGAUGUUCUCAAUGUGACUGCUCCAAACAACGGGGGCCUUGAUGAAAGCUUGGACGAAAACGACGAUGUUACCGAGACCCCCGAGAAACAAAACACGGGAGUGGAGAGUAUCGCUGCUACACCUACUCCAGCUUUUGUUCAAAGAAUUGCCGGUACACCAGGCAUAUUGAAGAAGGUGGAUAGCCCCUCAACAGCUGAGAAAAAGCUUCGGCGAGUUCAUUUCGGAGGAACAUUGGAGAAUAAUGCACUUGAUGUAACUACUGAUGAUCCGCUCAAAGCGAUAACAAGUAAUGAUCUCAUUCCCGUUUCUCCGAAGGGGAUCGUGAAGAGAGCCACACCAAGACGGCCUUUUUUUCAUCUUCAGACGACUGUUGAUCAGGUGUCAAAGGUCGCCGCGUUGCCCAACGAAAGCAUUGCUGCAUCUCCGGUAAAAUCUGAAGCGGAUGCGGCCACUUUCACUGAUGACGAGCCUAUUUUUCCCCGCUUAGCAGACUGCCAGGAGUCCAUAGGAAGAAUAGUCGGGAGACUGCUACCAUUAUCCUCCACUAACGGUGCAAUUGCUGCGCGUAAAUCACUGGAAGCACAAGGCAUAGUGAAGAUUUGCGAUCUUGCGUCCAAGUCUCGGCGUGAGGUGUCGCUGCUGAAUAUCAAAAAACCACGCAUCGAAACUGCUUUACGAACACUUUCACAGUUUGCCCGUGACCACUUCAAGGCAGAAACAUCACCCAUAAAAGUGAUUUCUGAGUCGACACAGGAGUCAUUGCUGGAACCUGUGGAGGUACAAGAGGACGUUGUUCUGGAAGCUCUCGAACAGUCUGGCACCGCAACAUCAUUUACUGUUGUGAUAUCCGAAAGCAGUGAAGGUGUAUAUUGCGCUUUUGCCUUUCAUCUGAAUAGUACACCUGGUGCGCGUGAGGACGUGUCGGCGAUGGGACAUCAAGGUCCAGGCUGA